UUUGUUCCAAUCUGGAUCACGUAGUUAGUCAGUAAGGAGCUCGUGAGUUAGUUCACCGAAGGAGGCGGUCAGCCUCUCGCUUGCUUCCGUAUUUCAGUCAUUCAUCUGUAGUUUGCCAUUUCAUUCGUUCAUUAGUCAGUUUGUUUGUUUGUCGGCGUCAUGAUCGCUCCAUUUCUUCAUUGGCAGGAGGCUAAUUUGCUGCUUGCUUACUUCAUGAAUUUAUGAUUUAGUAAGCUUGUUUGUGGUGCUCCUUCCCAAUAUGAAAUGAUUUCUUUAUUUUUUCCCUCUGGUAGUAAUCGACGACGAUGACCCCCCGGCCGGCGUCUCCGGAGCAGGGCGGGCCUCGGGUGGCGCGGGGCGAGCCGAGCGCCCUGGCCCCCGCCGUCAGGGAAUUCGUAGAGGCCGGCGUGACGCUCUGCCUGCCGGACGCCGUCCACAUCUGCGACGGCUCCGACGAGGAGAACCGGACCGUCCUGGCCCAGUUGGAGGAGCAGGGCGUGAUCAAGAAGCUGCCCAAGUACCACAACUGCUGGCUGGCCAGGACGGACCCUCGGGACGUGGCCCGCGUGGAGAGCCGGACGGUGAUCGUGACCCGUGACCCCCGCGAGGCCGUACCCGCCGUUCUGAAGGGUGGCGUCGGUCAGUUGGGUCGCUGGAUGUCACCGGAGGAGCUGGACAAAGAGGUCGCCGGGCGCUUCCCAGGUUGUAUGAAGGGUCGCACGAUGUACGUGAUCCCCUUCAGCAUGGGACCGGUCGGAUCGCCGUUGUCCAAGAUCGGAGUGCAGCUGACCGACUCGCCUUACGUGGUGGCCAGCAUGAGGGUGAUGACCCGGAUGGGGAAGGCGGUUCUGACCGCCCUCGGGACCGGCGACUUUGUCCGUUGUCUGCACUCCGUCGGCUGCCCGCUGCCUCUUCAAAGGCCUCUGGUGAACAACUGGCCUUGCAACCCCGAGCAGACCCUGAUCGCCCAGAUCCCAGAACGCCGGCAGAUCGUCUCUUUCGGGAGCGGCUACGGUGGAAAUUCCCUGCUCGGCAAGAAGUGCUUCGCCCUACGCAUGGCCUCGCAUCUCGCCAAGGAAGAAGGCUGGUUGGCAGAACACAUGCUGAUCCUGGGCAUCACCAACCCCGCAGGCCAGAAGAAGUACAUGGCGGCGGCGUUCCCCAGCGCCUGUGGGAAGACCAACCUGGCCAUGAUGAGCCCCACCUUGCCCGGCUGGAAGGUGGAGUGCGUGGGAGACGACAUCGCCUGGAUGAAGUUUGACGGCCAAGGUCACCUGCGAGCCAUCAAUCCAGAGAACGGGUUCUUCGGCGUUGCACCCGGCACGUCCGCCAAGACCAACCCCAACGCCAUGACCGCCAUCGCCAAGAACACCAUCUUCACCAACGUAGCAGAGACCAGCGACGGCGGCGUGCACUGGGAGGGCAUGGACGAGGCGUUGCCAGAGGGGGUCACCGUUACUUCGUGGAAGAACAAACCUUGGAGUCCGGGAGACGGAGAACCUUGCGCCCACCCCAACUCCCGCUUCUGCACACCUGCCGAUCAGUGCCCAAUCAUCGACCCGCUGUGGGAAUCGCCUGAGGGGGUCCCCAUCGAGGCUAUCAUCUUUGGGGGACGCCGGCCUGAAGGCGUCCCGCUGGUCUUUGAGGCGUUCAGCUGGCAACACGGCGUCUUUGUUGGAGCCGCCAUGCGUUCGGAGGCUACUGCAGCAGCUGAACACAAAGGAAAGGAGAUCAUGCACGACCCGUUCGCCAUGCGUCCCUUCUUCGGCUACAACUUUGGCCACUACCUGUCGCACUGGUUGAGCAUGGCGGAGCGUCCCGGUGCCAAGCUGCCCAAGAUCUUCCACGUCAACUGGUUCCGCAGGAGCCGUACCGGCGGUUUCCUCUGGCCCGGUUUUGGCGAAAACAUCCGCGUCCUGGACUGGAUGUUCCGCAGGCUCGACGGUGAGGCCGGAGCCACGCCCUCCGCCGUGGGCUACCUGCCGUGCCGUGAUUCCUUAGAUCUGGAGGGCCUGAAGGACCCCGUGGACCUGGACCAGCUCUUUGCUCUGGACCGCGAGUUCUGGCGGAAAGAGGCGGAAGAAGUCGGGAAGUACUUGGCCACACAAGUGAACGAGGACCUUCCCGCCGAGAUCGUGAGGCAGCUGGAGCUCCUUCGGCAGAGGGUCAACCAGAUGUGAUUUUUAUUUUUUUUUAUGGAGCUCAAGAAGACAUUUUCUAGGAUGGCGAAUCUUCAGUUUGCACUGUAAUCAUUUUUGGCUAACAAAGAAUAAUUCAAGGUGAUUUGUUUUUGUUUGAAUGAAGAAAUCCAUUCGUUCAUUCAUUCAUUAUGACUUAUGACGUGAAGUCAAUAAAAAAAAAAAAUGCCAUUUUAUGGCAAGAAUACAUUACAGACCCACCCAUGAGAUGUGAAAAUGAAAUUGAAGAGAGGUAAGAAAAAUCAGUUCUUUCACUGGUGCAAAGGCUCCAAAACUAUAUGAUUUUCUAUGUUAAUAAAAUCAAAAACAUUUCA